AAAACAGACUUUACACUGCAUUUGAACAUGAAAUGCACCAGUACAAGUCGUAGUUGCUUGUUGUGUGGUAAAAUGGAAGAAAAAGAUCCAUCGAUACGAAAAACUUUAAUAGCUCAAUGCUUCAAAGAUUUGCAUCUGAUUGAAGAUAUGGAACUUGUUCUCACCUUAAGAUGCCUCUGGAAUACUGCUCUUGCUCAACCUGAUGACCCUGAAUUCCCAUCCCUCGGCGUCUUUAGUUGCAUGGCUAGACUUCUCAACAGGUGCACCCGUGACCAAAAAUGGCUUUCAAGAGGCCAUAACGUGUAUGUUCCUUAUUAUGCAGCUCAUAUCAUUGGCUCCUACACCAUGAACAAAGUUAGAUUCUCUGUUUUGGCUGUUAAAUCAGACGUAAUUUCGCCAUUAAUAGACCUCUUAAGAGGUAAGAUAACUUGGGUCGAACAAAGAGUGGCUGUUAGAGCACUUGGUCACAUUGCACGACAUAGAAGAACAUUUGAAGAUAUUAAGGUCCAUGAAGUAGAGAUUAUAAAACUAGCCAUUGAUAUAGCUUCCAAAUGCAUUUAUACAAUCUAUAGCGAGUUUGUGAGCAAGAGAAGUGAAAACAGAGUCGAAUAUCAUCGUUAUUUGAUGAUAAAAGGCCUCGGAGAAUUCGAAAUGGAGAGUAAAAAAGCAGAGUCUUGGGCUUGCCAAAUGCAAUGCUGGUCACUGUACCUUCUCAACUGCUUCGUUACAAAGAAAAGAAGCAUCAAUUUGAUAUGCAAAGAACAUUUUCUCAAGAAUUUGUGUGAUAUAUGGGGUGGAUUACAGAACCAGAAUUCUUUCUCUGGAAUUGGCCUAAUCCGAAGUCUUUGUGAAAGCGAAGAUGGUAGAAAAAACAUUGCUCAAUUAGUACAAGUCGUAGAAAAUAUCUGCGACCUCUCUAGAUCAUCCGACGAAUGGCAAUUCAUGGCAAUUGAAUGUCUUUUGUUACUUCUCAAGGAUCCAAAAACAAAAAACAGAGUAACCAACAUUGCAGCUCCUUUUCUUGCUGAUUUAGUAGAGCUUAGAACUAUCAAAGGAAGACGAAAAAUGGGUGACAUGAUAACACAACUACUCUUACAAGAUUAUGCUAAAAUCAAAUAUGGUCAAGUGGGGUUCUCCGAAACAGGAUCAAUCAAAGAGAUUUGGGACUUGAAAGUUGAAAAAAGGAAAAGGGAUAAAAUCAUUUCGGAACAAGAAGUGAAGGAAACAGAGCUUUUGGUUUCCGUUUUAAAACGUGAAGGAAACAAGAAAUUUUGGUCAAGUGAGAUUGAAGCAGCUGUAAACAAGUACACAAAGGCUUUAGAUUUAUGUCCACUGAACUUGAGAAAAGAAAGAAUUGUUCUUUAUAGCAAUAGAGCUCAAUGUCAUUUAAUUUUAGGAGAAGCAGAGUUAGCUAUUAGUGAUACAACUCGAGCCUUAAGUUUAUCAGGUGAAAUGAGACCACAUAUAAAGAGCCUAUGGCGAAGAUCGCAGGCUUAUCACAUGAAAGGUUUGGCUAGACUAAGUUUAAUAGAUUGUUUAAUGUUCAUCAAUGAACGAAGCAAGUUGAAUGGAAACAAAAGCAGCACAAGGAAAAUCCCAUACUAUGCAAUGCGCAUGUUGAACAAGCAGAUGACAGCCACGUGGAUUUUUGCAGGUGCUGCGAAGUCCAUGGAAGACGACACAUAUGACAAUGGAACCCAUAAAUCCAGGGUCCAGUAUCGCCUUGCAGGUGGAAAAAUGAAAGGGAAGAUAGAAGAGGCACUAUUAAAAAGAAUUCCAAUCCAGGGGAAAGACGAGGAGCAUGGGCUCUUGAAAAAGGGACGGCUCUGGAGAACAAGCCGGAGAAGCAAAGGCGUUAUUGAACCAUCACAGGAAGGGAAAAUGUAAAAGUACAAGAAAAAUGUGAUAGCUCGUUACGAGUUGAGCAACUUUAACAUGCAGAACUAAAAAUACAAUGUACUUUUUGGUCUGGUAUGGUUCUCCUUGACAAGACAACUCAACAAACACACUACAAAUGGAUACCAAACAGACAAGUUUUUUAGAAUUAGAUCUGCUGAGGUACCGUAUUGUACCUAACCCACCAAGGUAGACUUUGUUGGUUCCAACUGCUGUGCAUUUGCCUAUUAUUAUUUUCUCAUUUACUCUUGUUGAGAGAAUAUAGUUUUUAGUCCACUGGCAGUUAUUGCUUCUCGCUAUGGGACCGUUCGAUAUGGAGAAGUGAAGUUUGCCAACCGGCAAGCGGGGGUCAGAAGUUCAGAAUCACCAUUUUUCAAUGGUUAUAUUUCAUUACAUAAGCUAAAAAGUGUGACUUUUGACCCCCACUUCUUAAUUCAUACAUCACCACCCUGCAAACUAUAGAAGAAGCGGGUCCGUCUAAACUCUAACUGCAUAAAUAAACACAAAACACAAAGAGAAAACAAAGACUAGAAAACCCAUUUAUUCAUUUCUUUUUAAAUAACUAUCCUGAAAUCUAAUUUGGUAAUCUAAAAGAAAGGAAACAAUGAGAGAGCAGAUCAUACACAAUACAACUAAAA